AUGGCAUCCGCUACUCUCCUCAAGUCCUCUUUCCUCCCAAGGAAAUCAGAAUGGCUCGGAGCAAAGAGUACUGUAUCAAACAGCCAGCCUAUAGCUGUCUCGUUCACAGUUCGCGCUGGUGCUUACUCUGACGAGCUUGUCAAAACUGCGAAAAGCAUAGCAUCACCAGGAAGAGGAAUAUUGGCCAUGGAUGAAUCAAAUGCAACUUGCGGAAAACGUCUAGCCUCAAUCGGACUAGAGAACACCGAGGCCAACCGACAGGCUUACAGGACCCUGCUGGUCUCAGCUCCCGGUCUAGGCCAGUACAUUUCAGGUGCUAUACUGUUCGAGGAAACUCUCUAUCAAUCCACUGUUGAUGGCAAGAAGAUGGUUGAUGUUCUCACGAGCCAGAACAUAAUGCCAGGGAUCAAAGUCGACAAGGGUUUAGUGCCGCUUGCAGGCUCGAACGACGAAUCCUGGUGCCAAGGGCUGGACGGGCUUGCAUCAAGAUGCGCGGCUUAUUAUCAGCAAGGCGCACGCUUUGCUAAAUGGCGCACAGUUGUCAGCAUCCCCAACGGUCCAUCAGCUCUUGCAGUGAAGGAAGCUGCUUGGGGUCUGGCUCGAUAUGCUGCCAUCGCACAAGACAACGGGUUGGUUCCAAUAGUCGAGCCAGAGAUACUGUUGGACGGUGAGCAUGGAAUCGACAGAACCUUCGAGAUUGCACAAAAAGUGUGGGCUGAGGUCUUCUUUUACUUAGCCGAGAACAAUGUCAUGUUCGAAGGAAUCCUACUAAAGCCGAGCAUGGUCACGCCUGGAGCUGAAUGCAAAGAGAGAGCAACCCCUGGACAAGUUGCAGAAUACACCCUCAAGCUCCUUCACAGAAGAAUCCCACCAGCUGUUCCUGGAAUCAUGUUCCUGUCAGGAGGCCAGUCUGAAGUUGAGGCAACACUGAACCUGAAUGCAAUGAACCAGAGCCCGAACCCAUGGCACGUGUCUUUCUCCUACGCGAGAGCGCUUCAAAAUACAUGCUUGAAGACUUGGGGAGGGAGGCCAGAGAACGUGAAGGCCGCUCAGGAUGCGCUGCUCAUAAGAGCCAAGGCCAACUCGCUCGCUCAGCUCGGAAAGUACACAGGUGAAGGAGAGUCUGAAGAAUCCAAGCAAGGGAUGUAUGUCAAGAACUACAGCUACUAAGUAGUAGUACCUGAGGUUGUGUUUGGUGUUGUAAUGUGAUAAUGCUUGUUUGGAUUGAAAACAAAGAGGAUGGAUGAUAUAUUCGAUAAAUUUGAUUUCUAGGUGUUUGUGGAUGUUUAGAGUUGUAUUUUAGAGUAUAUCAUUUUUAUGGGA